AUGGCGGUCAACGAUGCCUACCACGAGUACAUGGACGACGUCAACAAUAGCGAGGGCUUCUACGUAACCCCCACACGCGACGGUUCGGUUAUUUUCGGAUGCAUCCGGCCGAUGCUCGGAGAAUUCUCCGGCGAAGAAAUCCACCGGAAGGCGGAGGUUGCCGCCAGGCACGCGGUGGAGGAACACAACCGAAAAAGCCUCGGGAGCACUCUCGAGUUUUUGAAGAUUGUGAACCUCAACGUGGAACCCACGGCCGGCGCCAUGUACUACAUGACGGUGGCGGCCGGAGAGGAUUCCGGCGACUCGCGGCUCUAUGAGGUCAAGGUUUGGGAGAAGAUCAAUUCGGGCUUUCGGGUCGAGAUUUUUCGGCCCGCGCCUUACUCGAUGAAAUCCUCCGGUAAUUUAUUAGUGCAGAUGAGAUUCAAUUUUUAA